GCCAGGGCGGCCGGGGGCGGGGGUUGUGGGGAGGUGCUGCCGCGCGGUGGACGCGCCUCUGUGCGGCCUGCUCUGGGCCAUGUCGGUGUGAGGACGCCGCAGCCGUCACCCCUUCCUCUGGACCGGCCAGCAGAACCGCGCACCAUGGGCUCCAUUCUGAGUCGCCGUAUCGCAGGCGUGGAGGACAUCGACAUUCAGGCCAACUCAGCCUACCGCUAUCCCCCGAAGUCUGCAGGAAACUACUUUGCUUCGCACUUUUUCAUGGGAGGCGAGAAAUUUGACACCCCGCAUCCUGAAGGCUACCUCUUUGGAGAGAACAUGGAUCUGAACUUCCUGGGCAGUCGUCCGGUCCAGUUUCCCUAUGUCACUCCUGCCCCCCAUGAGCCAGUAAAGACCCUGAGGAGCCUGGUGAACAUCCGCAAAGACUCCCUCCGACUUGUGAGGUACAAAGACGAUGCAGACAGCCCUACAGAGGAUGGUGAGAAGCCCCGUGUGCUCUACAGUCUGGAAUUCACCUUUGAUGCCGAUGCCCGCGUGGCUAUCACCAUUUAUUGCCAGGCAGUAGAGGAGUUCUUGAACGGCAUGGCAGUGUACAGCUGUAAGAACCCUUCUCUGCAGUCUGAGACCGUCCACUACAAGAGGGGCGUUAGCCAACAGUUCUCGCUGCCUUCUUUCAAGAUCGACUUCUCCGAGUGGAAGGAUGAUGAGCUGAACUUUGACCUGGAUCGGGGUGUGUUUCCAGUCGUCAUACAGGCUGUGGUGGACGAAGGAGAUGUUGUGGAAGUGGCUGGACAUGCUCAUGUGCUCUUGGCUGCCUUUGAGAAGCACGUGGAUGGCAGCUUCUCUGUGAAGCCGUUAAAGCAGAAGCAAAUUGUGGACCGUGUCAGCUACUUGUUGCAGGAGAUCUACGGCAUCGAGAAUAAGAACAACCAGGAGACCAAGCCUUCCGAUGACGAGAACAGUGACAACAGCAGUGAGUGUGUGGUGUGCCUGUCAGACCUGCGGGACACGCUGAUCCUGCCCUGCCGCCACCUGUGCCUUUGCACUUCCUGUGCUGACACGCUGCGGUACCAGGCCAACAACUGCCCCAUCUGCCGGCUGCCAUUCCGAGCCCUCCUGCAGAUCCGGGCUGUUCGGAAGAAGCCAGGGGCCCUGUCUCCCAUCUCCUUCAGCCCUGUUUUGGCCCAGAGUGUGGACCAUGAUGAGCACUCUUGUCCCUUUAAAAAAUCAAAGUCGCACCCUGCCUCCCUGGCCAGCAAGAAACCUAAAAGGGAAACAAAUUCUGACAGCGUCCCACCUGGCUAUGAGCCCAUCUCCUUACUCGAGGCACUCAAUGGUCGACGGGCUGUCUCCCCGGCCAUCCCAUCAGCUCCCCUCUAUGAGGAAGUCACCUACUCAGGCAUCUCGGAUGGUCUGUCCCAGGCCAGCUGUCCUCUCGCUGGACUUGAUCGGAUCAUAGAAAGCGGCCUACAGAAGGGCAAGCCACAGAGUAAAUCUCCGGACAGCACCCUGCGAUCUCCAUCAUCCCCCAUCCACGAGGAGGAUGAGGAGAAGCUUUCAGAGGACUCGGAUGCUCCUCUCCCACCGAGCGGUGUGGAACUUGCGCUGCGGGAAAGCAGCUCCCCUGAGAGUUUCGGAACAGAGGAGGUGGAUGAGCCGUCCCUAAAGCAAGCGAGCCGAGUGCCCUCUAUUGAUGAUGUCCUGCAGGAUGGCAGCCCCCAGCACCGUGGUUGCAGCCAACCAGUCCCUCCUGCCGACAUUUACCUACCAGCCCUGGGUCCCGAGUCCUGCUCUGUUGGUAUAGAGGAGUAAGCUGGAUGGUCCACCUCCAUGGAGACGCCACACAGCCUUGGCACCACCAGCUCCCCCUGGCCUCUGCUGAGUGGCUCUAAUUCUGAGCCUGGAACUACUGAGCUGACCCCACUCUGAGAGCCUGGCUCAGCUGGUAGCACAGAGCCCUCAGUAUCCCCAAAAUUGCCAGGAGGCUUCCCUGGAGCCCAGUGAGACCCUGGCCUCUCCUGUCUGCACGCCGGGCUUUGAGGGGCCAUAGUGAACCUUGAUGAAAUUGCACAGUGGACUGCUCUUCCACACGCCCUCCUUUUCUAUGGUCGAUAUAUUUGUAAAUGGUACAAGAUGAAGGACAGCAGUUUCCUCCAUGGGCCAUAGGCCCUAGAGGGGCUUCCAACUGCCAAGGUUGGUGCUCUGAGCACUUAAACCAACAGAAGAGAAUCUACCCGAGAAGUGAAGUUCGGGAAGGGUGGGCAACCCAAGUUACGGUUGAUGAAGGAAAUGGUGCCUGUCUGCCUGUCCCAUGUGUGUUCCCCAAGGCAGCCAGGCUCUGCUGCUGCUUUCACCUGAUGUGUGUCCUGUUCUGCUCUACUCCCUACUAGUGACCUCUGACAGCUGGGGCAGCUGUGGCAAGACCUCAGUAGUCAGACUGUGUUAACAAGACAGCCAUUGCAGUGGUUGGUAUCCAGUACCCCUUAUAGGCCCCACUUCACUCCUUUCCUCACACGCCUCCAAGGUGAAGAUGUUCACACUUGCAGGGCGGCACUGCCCACCACUUGCCAGGGAAGAGCCUGAGCAGCUUCCAUAGCAGACAUUGGCAGUUACAUGUCCUUUUGUGUUUCCCAUUGGUUAAUUUUCUUAAGGCUCCUGUCAGAGCCCACCUAGGAGCAGUGCCCCAGUGAUAUUUUGUUUCCAAGAUAAAGGGCCCGUGGGUGGCCCUAGGACAGAAGUGCCUAGGCAGUGCGGCUGACCUGGUGGGCAGGUAUGGAAUUGCCCUGCCACUCACCGAGGUGACAACUUGUAGCAAUGCUUGGAGCCUCCCCUUUAGGCUCAGGGUUGCUUGAGCUCCGGCUUUACCUCUUUCUAUCGGUGGCUGGCCUGAUCUCUGGUAAGCCUGUGAACAAAGCCUUGUCUGCAUAUCCAUCUGCCCUUUCCUGCUGAACGCACACAUAAUGCACACAUGUCAGCAUGUGCAUGCCCACCCCCACCUGCCAACAUCCUGGCCUCUGGCCGUGUACUGGUACCAGCACUUUGGAAGGUGGGAGGCAGACUUCAGACUCACAUGUGCUAUCAUUUGAUGGACCCUGGUUGACUAAUUUUGGGGUUGUUUUUACUGUAUAUUUAUAGUAAUAAAAUCAUGCAGCAAUA